AUGGGUCUCGGACAAUCCAAAAAUAUUUCAAUAAAUGAUAGUAAUAAAUUUGGCACCAAACUUGACACCAAACCUAACACCAAAUUUGACAACAACAAAAUUGAAAGACGAAAAAAAUUCCGUUCUUGGUCAGCCUUAUCAAAAGGAGAUGGAAAUCUUAAUGAAAUUUGGAAUUUUAGCAGUGGUGGUAAACGAAUUCAUUACAGUAGCUUAAGAAUCUCCAAAAUUUCAGAUUAUAUCAUUGAUGAGGAAUCAAAAAGACUACAAAGACGUCAUCAAUUAUUUAAACGGAUUUGGCAAAAUAAUUUUUCAGCACCCGUUGAUGAAACUUUAACGGCUGGUGGGGCUAGAGUUCUAGAGAUUGGAUGUGGACCUGGAAUGUGGACAAUCGAGAUGGCUAGAUCAUAUCAAUCAUCUACGUUCACCGGUGUAGAUAUAAUUCCAUUAUUUCCACAAGAAAAGAAACCAGAAAAUGCAAAAUUUCUUCAAGCAAAUGUACUUAGUGGUUUACCUUUUUUAGACGAUACGUUUGAUUUCGUGUAUAUGGGUCUAUUGGUAACUGCAUUCACUGCUACUGAAUGGGAGAAAGUUAUUCCAGAAAUAGUAAGAAUAACAAAACAAGGUGGUUGGAUAGAAUUUAUGGAAAGUGAUUUUCAAUAUUAUAAUGAAGGUCCUACAACUGCGCGCUUAACUGAUUCAUGGAUUAUUGGACCUCUAGAUUUAUAUAUACUUAAAACAAUGGAAGCAAACGAAAGUAUCGAUAAAAACAUUAAAACUGAAGAAAGAUCAUGUUUCGUUGGGAAAUGGGCUGGUGAACUUGAUAUCACAAAAGGAUGGAUCACUGUCAAAUCACCGAUGUCAAAACUAAUGAGAAUAAAAUCUCGUGAAUACGAUGAAAUAAUAGUAACUUUUGUCAAAGAAGUUGAACAACAUAAAACAUAUUUUAAAAAUUGGCGAUUUUUUGGUCAAAAAAUUAUUACUACAUCUGCUUCUAAUAUAACUACUCCAUCAUGGUACCAGUAA